UUCUCUUCCACAUCCAAGUACUCUCAAACUUAAAUUAGGCAGAAUCGGUGAGGUAGGAACUCAAAAAGAAUGUACUGAAUGUAUAAAAUGUGUAUUUGAAACAUUAUCGAAUUCUGAAAAACGUUGUAGUCUUCUUUUUGAUGAAAUUUAUGUUAAACCGAGUAUUCCUUUUCGAGGAUGUCAUUUAAUAGGUUACAGUGAAGACAAUCCUACUGAACUUGCAAAGACUAUACUUUGUUUUAUGCUUAAGCCGAUGUUAGGAAAACCAGCUUUUGUUUGUCGUAUGGUGCCAAUCUUUAAGCUUUCUGUUAAUUUUUUACAAAGUUUAAUUGUUCAAAUCACUCAGACAGUAGCAGAACUAGGUGGAGAAAUUUUAUGCCUUAUUUCGGACAAACUUGCAAUAAACCGUAGUGUCUAUAAAAACUUUACUUUAAAUGUAAAUAUGCCAUGGCUAGGCAAAAUUAAUAACCAAAAUCUUGUAAUGCUUCAUGAUCCAGUGCAUUUAUUUAAAUCAAUUAGAAAUAACUGGCUUACUGAAAAGACUGAUACAAUUCAUCUCAUACUAAAUGGUCAGUUAUUUAAAAGGUACUGGAAAGAUUUGGUAAGUUUAUAUAAAAAAGAAAAAAACAACGUUGUCAAGUUAACAAAUCUCUCAUACAAACCCAUUUUUCCCGGGGCAGUUGAUCGUCGAAAUGUAGCCCAUAUGUGUGCAGUUGUGAAUGAGAGAACUGUAGCUGCUUUUAAAAUGUUCGAUUUCAAGGAGACCAGUGAGUUUCUUGAUAGAGUAUUGUCUGUAUGGAAUUACCUUAAUAUUAAACAAGAAGGAAUGGUUACGUUUAAAUAAUCCAAUCAGAGCUUCAUACAAUGAUAAGCGACUUCAAGAAAUGUUGGCAUUUUAAAAGUUAAAGCAAUGCCAGGAGGAAAAAGCUGGAAACGCAAUAAAUCAUUUACAAGCGAAACUAAAAAAGCUUUGUCAAGUACACUAUAUGGAAUUGUACAUUUAGUCAGAAAGUUGUUGACUGAAGAUCAUCAGUAUGUUCUUCCUGGGGUUUUUCAGACAGAUCGAUUAGAAGGAGAUUUUGGAAUAUACAGGCAACUUUGUGGUGGCAAUUACUAUAUUUCGAUAGAGUAAGUUCAAAAUAGUUUGCGUUUACAUCGUUUAAAAUUGUUUAGUAAAUUGGAUGCUAUGGAUUUGCCUAUAUCUCGGUGCUCAAUUGUUCAAUCAGAGUGUUGUCACUUAGAACUGGUUGAAGAUGACAUUCAUGAUUUAUUCUUUUUUAAAAAAGAAAAAGCAAUUUCAUACUCUUCACACACUAAAAAAAAAGGUAGGAAUUUCUACCUUUAAAGGUAUAUCACAUAUCCUACCCCUUAAGGUAGAAAAAUAUACCCUACAUAAUAAGGUACUUUAGUCUAUCUUUAUAAAAGGUAGUAAAAAC